GCUCCAUGUCAAAAUUUAAAAAAAUGGCGGACGUUAAUAAUACGGCUGUUCGAAAUCCUGAUCGAAUCCAAAAUCGGAUAUCAAACAUGAGAGUAGCAAAUGGACCUCGAGUGGUUACAAUAAAUAAAACGGAUACAGGUUUUGGUUUCAAUGUUAGGGGACAAGUUAGUGAAGGUGGUCAACUUAAAAGCAUCAACGGCGAACUAUACGCCCCUCUUCAGCAUGUCAGUGCAGUCUUGGAUCGUGGUGCUGCAGAACAAGCUGGGAUUCGAAAAGGGGAUAGGAUCCUGGAGGUGAAUGGAGUGAAUGUUGAGGGUUCCACACACAAACAAGUUGUUGAUCUGAUCAAAUCAGGUGGAGAUGUAUUAACACUUACUGUUAUUUCUGUAACCCAACAGGAAGCUGAACGUUUAGAACCAAGUGAUGAAAGUCAGAUUUACUAUGAUUACAGUGAGAAGAGAUCCUUACCUAUAAGCAUCCCAGAUUACAACCACAGUGAAAGGUGUGGGGAAAGAUAUGUAUCAUUCAACAUAUACAUGGCUGGACGCCAUUUAUGCUCUAGGAGAUACAGGGAAUUUGUGAAGUUACAUAAUGACCUCAAAAAAGAGUUCAUGGGUUUUACAUUUCCAAAAUUGCCGGGAAAAUGGCCAUUUACUAUGAGUGAACAACAGUUAGAUGCCAGGCGAAGGGGACUGGAGCAAUAUUUAGAGAGAGUUUGUGCUGUGAGAGUCAUAGCAGAGUCUGAUGUUAUGCAAGAGUUCCUAACAGAUCACGAGGAUGAAAAUAACAGUUGUCCAGUUGAUCUUAAAGUAUUAUUACCUGAUAGAGAAAUAGUAACAGUUUCACUUAGGAAAAGUUCAAGUGCAGAAGAAGUAUAUGAAGCUGUAAUUAAGAAAAUAGGAAUGAAGAGAAGUGUAGCAAAUUAUUUUUAUUUAUUUGAAAUAGUUGAAUAUAAUUUUGAAAGAAAAUUGCAACCCAGUGAAUAUCCACAUAAUCUAUAUAUACAAAACUAUAGUACAGCCACCAGCACAUGUUUGAGCAUUAGAAAAUGGUUGUUUUCCAUAGACAAAGAAUUGAGUUUGAUGAAUGAUCCUCAGGCUAUGUCAUUCAUAUUCUGGCAAGCCGUCGACGAAGUAAACAGGGGCUGCAUCAGGGCGGGCGAACGCCUCUAUCAGCUCAAGGCCCUCCAAGACAAAACGCGUGCCGUGGAAUACUUGAAGUUGGCGCGCGACCUGCCCGGCUACGGUGACGUCAUGUUCCCGCACUGCGCGUGCGACUGCCGAAAGGAGGGUCACGUGGUGCUGUCGAUCGGCGCGGGCGGCGUCAAGUUGCACGCGUGCGCCGAAGAUGGCGCGCUCGAGAGUCAGGUGAUCGUGCUGGAGUGGGACUCGUUGCGGCAGUGGGAGAUCGACGAGGAAGGUAUGGCCUUUUGUUUGAAAUACGAUAGGACAGACAAGAGUCCAAAAUGGCUGAAGCUAUACACCCCCUAUUAUUUCUACCUGCGCGAUUGCUUUGAGCGGAUCAUAGAAGAAAGCAAAUGGUUGGACACUGGUGACUGAUGCCAUGCCAUUCUCGAUUUCCAGAAUUCUCGGAUUAUCAACUAAUUUGAAAUUCGUAUGUAGGAAGCACUCGUACUAAAUCUGUUAUAUUUACUGUGAUUUUUAUUAUAUACUCUUAUUUUAAAUUUUAUUUUUUCUUAUGUAAUUUAAUGUUGUAUUUAUAAGCAAUUUUUUGAUUUUGGCACUGAUUGUUCUGUUACUUCAUUGAAAAAAAGAGGUGAUUUUUGUUGUUAUUUAAGAAAAUUUCCUCUUACAAACGUUAUUGAUAUAUGUAUAGGCAGAUGAAGUUUUAAUCAGUUUAUCAUUGGCAGGAAACGAAUAUCAACGAUUCCAUUUGAUAUACAAUAUGAAGAUGUAUAUCUACUGUGAAAUAACCAAUGAAACUUCGA